AACUAUUGUCACUUUGAAGUUUAAAUAGCAGAAGAAAUCAACAACUUUUUCAGUUCUCUCCCACCAUGGCAGACAAGGUUUACCCUUCAUCGAAACAAGCCACAAAUGGCACCGCACCCGCCGCCGCCACUGCAACGAAUCCUUCGUUUCCCGCCACUAAAGCACAACUCUACGGAGCCUCCCGCCCUCCCUACAGUCCACAACCAAAUCGCCAUCGCUACCGCCGCUCCUGCUGUUGUUCUUGCUGCAUCUGGACCACCACAGCUAUCCUCGUCCUCGUCCUCCUAGCCGCCAUAGUUGGUGCUAUCUUAUACGUCCUUUACCGCCCUCACCGUCCCACUUUCACAGUUUCCUCCCUCAAAGUCUCAACCCUUAAUAUAACCUCAGCUUCCCACCUGAUCACCAACAUCAACCUCAACGUUGAAGCCAAAAACCCUAACAAGAAACUCGUAUACAUUUACGAUCCCACCGCCAUAUCUAUUACCACAAACGACGACAUCGAUAUUGGGGAUGGAUCUUUCGGUUCUUUCGUGCAAGGGACUAAAAACACUACCCUUUUGAAAGCUGCCAUAACUAGUAGCAAGCAAGCGCUCGAUGACACGUCGGCUGGCAAUUUAAAUACCGCUUUGAAGAACAAGAACGGGAUGCCAUUGAAGAUAAAGCUCGAUACUAAAGUGAAAGCAAAGAUGGGAGCAUUGAAGACACCAAAGCUUCGGAUUAGGGUAACCUGUGAAGGGAUUAAAGUCACUGUUCCGAAGGGGAAAACAGAAACCACGGCUUCAGCUUCUAAUGCGAAGUGUAAGGUUGAUCUGAAGCUCAAGAUCUGGAAAUGGACUUUCUGAUCGAUGUGAAUUUGAGAAACACAAGGAAUGGACAAGAACAGGUUUGAUGUUUAUUUUAUUUUCUGUCUGCUUUUUACCUUUUAUUAAGCUUUGAGUUAUUUUUUUUUGGGAUGAUACUGUUUUGUGCAAAUUAGAUGAUUGUAUAGGAUAUAGAAAAUUGUAACAUAUACACUCUCUUCUUCUUUUUUAAUAUUUUUUUGGCUUUUCCAUUUCGUUACUAGUCCUUGUUCAUUAGUGUACAAUUUCUCUUUCCAAUAGUGUAAAUAAAGCCUAUCUUUUUACACAA